AAUUCUUGUAGAUCUGAGCUCGUUUCCACACAUAUGUCUCAACCCGAAAUCUGCUAACCUUCAUAACUUGUGAAUGAUAAAGAUUGUAUGGAAUUGUAUAAUAUUUAAUAUGUAAAAAUAAACGACAAAAAGUUGAUUAUAUGUUUAUUAAGUGUAUCGUAGAGUACUAAAACACAUUUUUUAUGAUUCUCAAUCCAAGAGAUCACCCUAGGGACCAAUCGCUCGACUGGCCAAAAAAUGCAGUCCAAAUACCAAGUAACUGUGGCCUCAAUGGCACCACUAACUCAACACUGGUCAACAUACUUAAAAAUGCGUACCAGAAUUUCUGCCGGCUUACUUUUCAGCUUGGAACGUACUUGCUAAACAAAUGCCAGAGUUGGUUGGGAAGAAGGAGCUCAGAGCAGCUGUGAACAAGAUGCCGCUACUGGAUGUAGAUCGUUUGUGUGGAUAUCGUGAACACAGACUGGCCCAUGUGCAACUCUCUCUUAUUGGGGCUGCCUACAUCUGGCAGGAGGGCGAUAUUGGGGUAGCAAAGGAGUUACCAAAGUGCCUGUCUGUACCAUGGGUGGCUGUGUCUCGCUGGCUCGGAAUACAGCCCAUCCUGUCCCAUUCAAGUCUUGUUCUUGCCAACUGCAGAUACGACACUCAGUCAGGGCUGAUUGAAAGCCUGUAUAAUCUUCCGGGAGGUUCUGAGGCUGCAUGGUUUGUUACUGUCACAGCACAGGUGGAGCUGGCCUUCGCAACAGGCAUCAAGGACCUGCUGUUAGCCCUGUACCAUGCUCAGUGUGGUGACCUUGAGGCUUUGACCUCUGACCUCUUAAGCUUACCAGACAUGCUUUACCGCAUGCAGACUGCUGUGGCUAAGAUGCAUGAAAAGUUAUCUGCAGAAACCUUUUAUGAUAUUAUGCGCCCUUUUUUGAAUGGAUGGGGUGGGGCAAGUUCACCAUUACCUGAUGGUGUUAUAUACAGGGGCAUCAGUGACCAGCCGGUAAAGAUGACUGGGGGUAGUGCAGCCCAGAGCUCCACCCUACAGUGUAUAGAUGCUGUCCUUGGAGUCCAGCAUGAGCCAGAGAUUGGUGAGUUCCUGCAGAACAUGAGGCGGUACAUGCCAACCCUCCACCGACAGUUCAUUGAGACAAUAGAGGAACAUUCCAAAGUGAAAUCCUUAGUUGAGUCUAGUGAGAAUGAGGCCCUGACGUCUGCCUACAACCAGGCUCUCCAGGCGGUGAUAGACUUCCGCAGCUACCAUGUACAGAUUGUUACCAAGUACAUAGUGGUUAUGGCUAACCGGAAGUCAAGGAACAAGGAGUAUGAGGCUCUCGCCACCCGAGGGACAGGGGGAUCCAGUAUUUUGCCAUUUUUGAAGAGUUUACGAACUACAACCUCCAACACUAAAAUUCCGGAAGCCCAGACAGAGUGAUAAGAGAUGUGUUGUGGUCAUUAUAUGGUAUGUGGUGCUACUGUCAGGAAUGUGGUAAUCAAACUAUGGCGAUAUGUAUUGGUGCAGCAAUAGAAAUGAAUCACAAGGAAGACAAACAGAAAGUUUAUAGUUUUAACCUCUACAUCUUGUGAUAUUUUCACGCAUUUAGAUUUAUCAAAAUCCUUUAAAACAUGUGUUCUUACUUCUUAUUAAAUUCAUGGACAUUGUG